AUGCGAUGUUUUACACUGCAGGAUUUGAAAGCUGAGGAUAAGGUGGGAGAUGUUGAGUACCAAGCAGAUAAGACUACGAGACAAGGAGGAUAUAGAGCCACAUAUUUCAUCUUUGCAAUGAUGUUGUUAGAUAACAUAGGCUUUGUGGCCAACAUGGUGAGCUUGGUUUUAUAUUUCAUGAAUGUCAUACAUUUUGACUACUCUGGCUCUGCAACCACCACAACAAACUUGUUGGGUACUGCUUUCUUGCUGACGGUUCUUGGAGGCUUCGUCUCUGAUACCUAUAUGAAUCGCCUCAACGCUUGCAUCCUCUUUGGCUUAAUUCAAUUGUUGGGAUACUCCCUACUUGUGAUUCAAUCUCACGACCAGAAACUUCAGCCUGAUCCAUGUUUAAAAUCAAGAUGUGUGCAUGGCACAAAGGCUUUGCUCUUUUACGCUUCCAUAUACUUGCUGGCACUUGGUGGUGGUGGAAUCAGAGGCUGUGUACCUGCUCUUGGAGCUGAUCAAUUUGACGAGAAGAAACCAAAAGAACGCGUACAACUAGCCAGUUUCUUCAAUUGGUUCUUGUUUAGCAUUACAGUUGGGGCCAGCAUAGGAGUCAUCUUUGUAGUUUAUGAGAGCACAGAACGUCAUUGGUACAUAGGUUUUAUCAUGUCUCUCACAUGUUCAGCUGCCGGUCUUCUUUGCAUUGUCUCGGGAAAGAAAUUCUAUCGUACCAGGGUGCCAGGAGAGAGUCCAUUGUUAAGUGUUUUACAGGUGCUGGUGGUCACAAUAAAGAACUGGAGGGUGAAAGUACCCGUGGAUUCUGAUGAGUUGUAUGAAAUGCAAAGCAAUGACUCUAAUUUCAUGAAAAAAAUCAUCCCUCACACUGACCAAUUCAGUGUUCUAGAUAAAGCUGCUGUUCUACCUGAAGGCAUGGAGGCAAGGAAAUGGAAAGUCUGCACAGUGACACAAGUUGAAGAAGUGAAGAUUCUGACAAGGAUGAUGCCUAUUCUUCUGAGCACCAUCAUCAUGAACACGUGCUUAGCCCAGUUGCAAACCUUCUCCAUCCAACAAGGAACCCUGAUGAACACAUACAUGGGCAAACUUAAAAUCCCAGCAGCUUCCAUUCCCAUAAUUCCUUUAGUAUUCAUGACCCUUUUGAUACCAGUCUACGAAUUUGUUUUUGUACCUUUAGUGAGGAGAAUCACCGGUCACCCCAAUGGAAUAACAGAGCUACAGAGAGUUGGGGUUGGCCUUGUUUUGUCAGCAAUCUCAAUGGUGAUAGCAGGGUUGAUAGAAGUGAAGAGGAAGCACGAAUUCAAUGAUCACAACGAGCACCGUAUCAGCCUCUUCUGGCUCUCUUUCCACUACGCAAUCUUUGGCAUAGCUGACAUGUUCACACUGGUGGGGUUGUUGGAGUUUUUCUACAAAGAAGCUCCUCAUGGCAUGCGUUCUCUUUCCACUUCAUUUGCUUUUCUUUCCUUGUCCAUUGGUUACUUCUUGAGCACAGCUUUUGUUGAGCUCAUCAACUUGGUAACUGGUAGAAUCGGAAAGAGCAAGAAAGGGUGGCUAGAGGGACGUGAUUUGAACCAAAACCAUGUCGAAUUAUUCUACUGGUUCUUGGCUAUACUCAGCCUCCUUAACUUUCUCGUUUAUCUGUUGUGUGCAAAGUGGUACAAAUACCAAAGCAGUGUAGCAUUUGAGGAGAAGGGAAUGUUGCAGAAAGAUCCAGCACCUCCUAACCAUGAAAACGUGUCUGCUAGUUUUGUGUCCUCACUCCAAAACACUGCCUCCAAUGAAGAAGAUACACGACAAAGGUUUCACUGAUCAGAAACUAUUGUAUAGUUUAAACUCUAUGGAUUCACUUUCUAAUCACCCGAUCCCAAUUAAUUUAUGCAUCAGACUGUUAUAUUUUUACAAUUUAUUAAACAAAUAAUAAUGUGUUAUGUAAACAAUGUUC